AUGAGAGUGUUAGCUUUCCUACUUCUCUUUGUCCUGUCAGCUACCACGUCAGCAUUCCAACAAGGAGACCUUCCAUUCCAAAACUAUGAACCCCCAGUCCAACGCAAGAUGGCUGAAAAGUCACCCAUUGAUGUUCUCGAGAAUCAUUUGGAUGCCGUUAGAAACGCUAUGAGCAUUAGAAACAACACGUCCCUUUAUCAGCUCGUGAAUAAUGGAACAGAUUUGGACUCGUUUUUUGCUUUGUCGUCGGCUAACUUCAAAUCUCUCCGUUUCAAUCACAAAAUUCAUAAAGCCGUAAAUUCUGUGAAAUCUGUCGUCUCACAGAUUGAAGGAACCGUCACUUUCACGUAUUCCCAUUCCGAAGGCACAAACUCCUACCUUACCAAAGUCUUUUUGCAAAAGAACUCAAAAAGUCCGACCGGUUGGAAGUUGGUCAAAGCCAAGAUUUGCACAGAUGCGGAAUGCUCCAAAGUUCCUUCCUAA